UGAUCGGCCUUUUUUCGCUCUGACGGGCACCGGGAUAAGCCGCCUUGACGUUUCCUCGACGUGUUUUGGAAGUCCGGGGAAAGGGAGCCAGAUCUCGGAGCCGGGGUCUGCUUAUCUGCUCCUGAACACGGAGGAAUGUAUGCCUCCCGGCCCCAGUCCUGGCUCCAUGCCCAGACAAGCUGCAGAGGAGGGGGCACCUCCCGGUCCCAGCCCUGGGUCCAUGUCCAAGCAGGCUGCAGAGGAGGGAGCAUCCCCCGGCCCCAGCCCUGGCUCCAUGCCCAGGCAAACAGAGCAGCUAGACCCCUCCCCCUCCUCCACAGCAUGUGAGCCUGAGGAAAGUUUACUUCCAACAGCUGAUUGGAGUGACCCUCGCAUCAGAAGAUUGGAUAGGCGGAGGCAACAGAAGGAAGGGAGGGGCAGGCCUUAAUGAGUGCUGAGUCAUGGAGCCACACCCCAUGGCCUAUAUAAAGGAUCUGCUUUCUGGCAGUCUCUGAGUCAGGCAAAGUCGAACUUAUCUUGCUGAAGUCACUUACCGGUCUCCUGCCUGCUCUGAGGACUUUGCUAGGACUUUGGGCAGAGCUGCAGAGGCAAGCCUGAUUCGGAUUUCCCUGACCCGGCCGUCAGCGGAGGAGUGGGACACGACAGAUUACUACUGUACUACAAUCAUGUUUUCUAAACUGGCCCAUCCACAAUGCUUGGCGGUUCUGCAUCGGAGUAUCCGUACUUCAGCAAGUUCAGCUACAUCGGUUGCAACCAAGAAAACAGUCCAAGGCCCACCAUCCUCAGACUACAUAUUUGAGCGUGAAGCUAAAUAUGGUGCACAUAAUUAUCAUCCACUGCCUGUGGCGCUUGAAAAAGGAAAAGGUGUUUACGUAUGGGACGUAGAAGGCAAAAAAUAUUUUGAUUUCUUAAGUUCUUACAGCGCUGUCAAUCAAGGCCAUUGUCACCCAAAGAUUAUAGCUGCUUUGAAAUCCCAAUGUGAAAAACUUACUCUUACCUCAAGAGCAUUUUAUAAUGACGUGCUUGGUGAAUAUGAAGAAUAUAUCACGAAAAUGUUCAAAUACGACAAAGUGCUUCCAAUGAACACAGGUGUGGAGGCUGGAGAAACGGCAUGCAAGCUGGCUCGUAAAUGGGCUUACACAGUGAAAGGUAUUCCAAAAUACAAAGCAAAGAUUAUUUUUGCAGCUGGCAACUUCUGGGGAAGAACAUUAUCAGCAAUCUCAAGCUCUACAGAUCCUUCCAGUUAUGAUGGGUUUGGACCAUUUAUGCCAGGUUUUGAAGUAAUUCCCUACAAUGAUUUGCCUGCUCUUGAGCGUGCGCUUCAAGAUCCAAAUGUUGCGGCCUUUAUGGUAGAACCGAUUCAAGGUGAAGCUGGUGUGGUUGUUCCUGAUAAAGGUUAUCUCACAGGAGUGCGAGAACUUUGCACAAAGCACAAUGUGCUCUUUAUUGCUGAUGAAAUUCAGACUGGAUUAGCCAGAACAGGGGAAAUGUUAGCUGUUGAUCAUGAAAAUGUUAGACCUGACCUGGUUUUGCUUGGAAAGGCGCUGUCUGGAGGUAUUUAUCCUGUGUCAGCAGUUCUGUGUGAUGAUGAAAUUAUGCUCACCAUAAAACCUGGUGAACAUGGCUCUACAUACGGAGGGAACCCACUGGCCUGCCGAGUGGCCAUGGCAGCACUUGAGGUCAUUGAAGAAGAGGAAUUGGUUAAAAAUGCAGACAUCAUGGGCAGUAUCUUGAGAAACGAGUUGAUGAAGACUCCAUCAGAUAUUGUCACUCAAGUCAGAGGAAAAGGAUUAUUGAAUGCUAUUGUUAUUCGGGAAACUAAAGAUUGGGAUGCCUGGAAAGUGUGCCUGCGACUCCGUGACAAUGGACUGCUGGCCAAGCCGACACAUGGAGAUAUAAUCCGGUUGGCUCCCCCACUAGUGAUCAAGGAAGACGAGAUCAGAGAGUGCAUUGAAAUUAUCCACAAAACCCUCCUCUCUUUUUGAAGGCGUCCUAUUUGACGUGUGCCCGUAAUCAGAUGGCAAACUGCUGUAGCUGAAGCAUGGUAUUGCACUAGCUCAGCUUGAUCCUUCCUGGUUUAUUUAAUUUUUUGCUCUGUUCAGCCACAGAAAAGCUGCCUUUGAAGAUCAAACUAAAACAUUUAUUUUAUAAUGGACCUAAAGGGGAAAAAAAAAAGACUAAAUUUCUUCCCUUUUUUUUCUGUUCAUGGACUAUUUGUUCAAGCUCUUUUAAUGAACUGUAAUUUGAAUAGUUACAUUUCAGCCAAAGUAUAAAUUAUAUACCUUCCUGUACCAAAUAUUACAUCUAAUGAAACUUUUCAUUUAAAAAAAA